CGAGGUCCAGGCCGAAGUGGAGGGAGCUGGUGGCAGCGUUUGCGCUCCCCACUGCGACAGCGGCUCUUGCCCUACCGACGUGCCAACCGGAACCACUGCGCAUCCCAUGUGCAUUCUGCAGGAUAGCAGCUCCGGCGACAAGUACUGCGCCCUGGCCUGCAUCUUGGGAGGCUGUCCUUCUGGCUCCAAGUGUGUGCACCUCUCCAGUUUGUUGGGAGUCUGCAUCUACCCUGACACCCAGUCUCCUUUGAAGUUGGGACUUGCAACAAGCUCCGAGAUCACUGUCUGAGCUGCUUUCACCCUCACGUACAAGUGUGACAGCCUGACAAAUCCCUUCUGACUUGUUUUCUCGUUUCUCUGCUGCUUGAGCAAGAUUCGAGAUUGCAAAAAGGCUGAGCAGCAGUACCGGUGUAAACGAAGUGCAUCGGAGUGCAUGUCAGCAGUCAUGUUUGGCACUGACACACAGCUAAUUCAGCCUUUGAUGGAUGUUUGUAUUGUAGUUGCAUAUGGAGACCAAUGUAUGUUUGUGCCAGAGCCAAGAGAUCUUCGAGGAGCUUUUAGUCUUUCGCGCAUCUUCCAUCUGAAGAGUUUUGUGCCAUGGUCAAGACUUUGAAACUUGCCCUGGGUGCUUUGGCUUUCGCCUAUGCUCAGAAGCCCCGAGCAGAUGUCCAGAACGCUUACGAGCAGUUCUUGAAAGACUUCGGGAAGCACUAUGAUGAAGUGGAGAAGCAGGCUCGCUUCGUGGCAUUCGCUGAGAACUACGAGUACAUUGAGCGUGAGAAUGCGCAGGGUCAUUCAUACAAGCUGGGACUCAACGAGUUCUCUGACAUGUCCAUGGACGAGUUCAAGAUGAGCAAGCUUGGCAUGAGGCUGCCAUCUGAGUCUGAGUCAGUUUGGGGCAACAUCCCCAGUGGUGGCAUGCACAAGGUCAGCAACUCUACCUUGCCAAAGUCCGUGGAUUGGAGGAGCAAGGCAGUUACACCCGUGAAGAACCAGCAGCAGUGUGGAUCUUGCUGGGCAUUCAGCACCACCGGAGCAUUGGAGGGUGCAUGGGCCAUCGCCACUGGCAAGCUGGUGUCUCUUUCUGAGCAGCAGCUUGUUGACUGCUCCAAGAAGUUUGGCAAUCAGGGCUGCAGUGGUGGUCUCAUGGACAAUGGCUUCAAGUAUGAGGAGCAGGCAGCAGUCUGCACUGAAGAGAGCUACCCUUACACGGCCAAGAACGGCAUUUGCAAGGCCUCGGGUUGCACUGUGGGAAUCCCUGCACAUGGUGUGAAGAGCUAUGUUGAUGUGAAGGUGGAUGAUGAGAAUGCUCUCAUGGAUGCUGUGGCAAAGCAACCAGUUUCAGUGGCCAUUGAGGCAGAUCAAAUGGCUUUCCAGCCCUACAAGAGCGGUGUCCUGACCAAGACCUGCGGCACCAAGCUUGAUCACGGUGUUUUGGUGGUUGGGUACGGCACAGAGGAUGGCACUGACUACUGGCUGGUGAAGAACAGCUGGGGAGCCACUUAGGGUUUCGUGAAGCUUGAGCGUGGCAAGCCUGGCCCUGGUGAGUGCGGAAUCAAGGCUCAGGCCUCCUACCCAGUGGUGUCUGGUUCUGGACCAUCUCCAUCUCCUCCUUCCCCUCCAUCUCCUCCUUCGCCUCCUACUCCCAGCAAGAGUCACUAUGAGAAGCCUCCUUGCCAAAGCGGCGAGGUCCAGGCCGAAGUGGAGGGAGCUGGUGGCAGCGUUUGCGCUCCCCACUGCGACAGCGGCUCUUGCCCUACCGACGUGCCAACCGGAACCACUGCGCAUCCCAUGUGCAUUCUGCAGGAUAGCAGCUCCGGCGACAAGUACUGCGCCCUGGCCUGCAUCUUGGGAGGCUGUCCUUCUGGCUCCAAGUGUGUGCACCUCUCCAGUUUGUUGGGAGUCUGCAUCUACCCUGACACCCAGUCUCCUUUGAAGUUGGGACUUGCAACAAGCUCCGAGAUCACUGUCUGAGCUGCUUUCACCCUCACGUACAAG